CCUGUUGAUGUCCCAGCAACAGGCACGUGCCCAGUUGUGGAGAUCCGGGAAGGAGCACCUGAACCGGGGAGGCUGGCGGCAGCAGCAGACGGCCUUCGACUCUCAGGUGGAUGUGGCAGGCUGAGGGAAGGACGGAGGACACAGACUCAUAAGUGCAUCUGAGAUGGCUUUAGCCAAAGUUCCAGUGGCGGUCCAGGAGCAGAGAGAUGCCGCCGAUCAGAACUUUGACUACAUGUUCAAGCUGCUGAUCAUUGGCAACAGCAGCGUAGGAAAGACGUCUUUCCUUUUCCGCUUUGCAGAUGACUCCUUCACCUCGGCGUUUGUCAGCACAGUGGGAAUUGAUUUCAAAGUCAAAACGAUCUACAGAAAUAACAAGAGGGUCAAGCUGCAGAUCUGGGACACGGCAGGGCAGGAGCGCUACAGGACCAUCACCACAGCUUACUACAGAGGAGCCAUGGGAUUCCUGCUCAUGUAUGACAUCACAAGCCAGGAGUCGUUCUGUGCCGUCCAGGACUGGGCAACUCAAAUCAAGACGUACUCAUGGGACAGCGCUCAGGUGGUCUUGGUGGGGAACAAGUUGGACUUGGAAGAGGACAGACAAGUCCCGAGACAGGAUGGUCAAAGAGUGGCCACAGAACUGGGCUUUCAGUUCUUUGAGGCCAGCGCUAAAGACAACAUCAAUGUGAAGCAGGUCUUUGACAGGCUAGUGGACGUAAUCUGCGAGAAGAUGAACCAGAGCUUCAACGGCGAUGCCAGUCCAUCAGUGAGCCAAAAGGGGGACGGGCUGCAGGAGCAACCCCCUCCGAGUCAGGGUGGAUGUGCAUGCUGAUUUUUGGAAAAAAGGUUUCUUGUCCCAUGCCAAACAAAGAUAUCCCCAAUCUGUAGAAAUAUGUCAAAGUAGUUCUGUUCAAAAGCUAAUUUAUUCUUUUUUUUUUUUUUUGCUGGUAUACCAAAAAGCUGCAACUGUGCAGUCUCCAUAGCAUUCAACAUUAGCAGAUUUAACUGCAGUUGCAGUGGGAGCACUUGUUGCAAGUCAUGAAACGGCACUGGGAUUCACUGCAUCUGUGUCAUGCUGCCCUCUUGUGGACUGUAUAGGAAACGCUCCAGUAUGACAUCAUUUCUUAUCUUUUUUUCCCCCAAAAAGUCAAACAUACUUCAACACUGAGGUCAUUCACAUCCCUGGUUGACCGAUAUCAGCAGCCAUAAACCACCUUUUUGUCUGUUUCCACAUGAUCUCUUCAUUCACACGUCUUGUUUUUUCAUUUGUAUGGUUGUUAUUUCUUGGUGGUUCAGUGAUUCCUCUGUUGGGUUCCUUCAGGGCUUCUCAGAAUCAAGAUUAAAAGACAUAAAU